AUGUCUUCAGUCAUGCCAGAGCUCUGGGGAAUCAACGACGCGAUCGCGCACGAGAACGACGAGGGUUCGUUUUGGUGGCAGCUUCGCAACCCAAACCCGAUCAUCGACAACUACUGGCAAGAGCAGUUGGCUAUCAACGACCGUCCAGACUAUCCAAACUACAUCGUAAACCCGCUUCCAGGUCUCAUCAAGCUGCCUGCUCGCUCCUCUGCAGGAUAUCACAUCAAUGGACUGCCGAUCGAGAAUAGGUUUGUCUGCGAUCAGAACCCCGACAAGCAAUACGUUCGCAUCGGCAAUAUCGGCUUUCUUGAGGUCAACGAAGCUCUAUUCGAGGCUAUCUGUCCUGCAGACCUUGCUGGCCGUACCUGCUUCUACGACGAGAUCGCGGUCUGGGAUCCUGAGGCGAACAAGUGGCGUGGAGGUUGCCAGAUGUUGAGACUUUGCAAUCAACUGCGCAAGCAUCCUCGUCCUGCUCCGCCAUCAUUGAGUCCACUGCAGUACAUCAAGCACAUUCCAGAGACUGGCCGUGAUGCACUCCUGCGUAUCAACCAAGGCGAUCCAGAGACUCUCGCAAAGAUCAAGCCAGCAAGUGAGGCUGAUGCCAACUCUGUCCUACCUAUUCUCGGCACUUUCAAAGAUGCAAUUUGGCCUGUACUCACCCACUCUGGCGUUGACGUCAAUCACCCCGCCCUACAACUCAAGCUGCUGCCUUCUUCACGAAGUCACUACAUCGGCUACAAGCAACACGAUGACGCGUACCCCAUCGAAGCCUGUCUUUUCGGUCACGACUUCCAGGACGUGCGCAUGCGCUCCGCUUCCCGAGCUUGGGAGCACAAGAAGCAGGCAGUAAUGCUUGCUGUUCUAGGCAAGGCCGUUCGCACGCAGCGCGAGCGCAACGGCGACGUUUCCAUUUGGGUUCGCGUCGAUGGCGCACCAGAGGGCAAGUUCGUCUUCGACGGCAGCGUCAAGGCGCGUGAGAAGUGGGCUCCUGCUCACACUCUCGGCUGGUGCGAGGCCUGCAAUCCGUCGCCGGCGAUGCUGCAGGAGCAGCAGCGCAAUGCUUACGUUGCUGCUGUUGCUGCCAGCGAUGCAGCUUCUUCUUCAGUUUCUUCGCCUGUGAUUUCUGCUCCUGUGGUUUCCGCCGCUGCUCCCGCCGCUGCUCCGGUUCCUGCUCUCCCUCUUGGUCCGGUUUCUCCCUCCUCUCCUCCUCUCACUCCCACCAGCACGGGCGUCAACUUCAACUUCGCGGCCGCCGCCGACGCCGCCGAAGUCCAGCUCGAGGCCUUCGUCGCCGACGAGGAGGAGGAGGCUCGCCUCGCCAGCGAGCUCACCACCGCGUGUCUCCUCGCGGAGACUGAGGAGGAGUUGGACCUCGAGUCCUUCGAUGCUGGCGAGCUGACGCGUCAGGAGGUGUGCGCUCGCGCUGAAAAGCGUGAGAAGAAGAUGGCGGCGAUCGAGGAGGAGAUGUGGUGGGCUCGUGGCGCGGAUGAGGCGCUCGAGCAUAUAGAUCGGGAGUAUAGGGCGUGGGAGGCGGAGAUGGAGCGAAGCCGUGGGAGGAGGAGCUGA